AAGCGACUUCACCAUUAGCUUUAAAUUCUUUAAAAAUAAAUCAUCAUUCGUUUCGUUUAUGAUGGGAAGCGCUUUAUGAUAAUACAGACAGGAUUUCACAAAAUUAUCUGUCAGUGCCAUAGUAGGUAUUUAGCAAUACAAAAAACGAUAAACCUUAUAUAUCGUGGGAUGUGGGAUUCCGGCGGCGAGUGGCAUAGGGGUUAGUGAUGAAUCGGUCCUGGUUGUGUGUGGCGCUUGCGUUGGUCACCGUGUGUGCGCCGGCGCAGGCUGUGGUCGGUGGCGCCCCGGCUUCGCCUCCCGAACCUGACGCCGCGGUUGUCUUUACCCAAAGAUUUGGGUUCAGUUCUCGGAUCGAAGGUCAUAAAGAUGAUAAACUUGGGUAUUACAGCUUCUUUGGCAUACGAUAUGCAGAACCACCGCUGGGACCUCAAAGGUUCCAACGGCCAGUCCGUCGGUACCUGGCUGGAGAGAUGAUGGCCACAAACCAAUGCCCCCCAUGCCCUCAACCUGAUCCCUACCAGCCGAGGAGAAUCAUCGGCCAUGAAGACUGCCUCUGUCUUAACGUGUAUGCACCUAAAAUGCCCGCCACGGAACAGGGUAGUCCCGUAGUUUUCUUUAUUCAUGGUGGAAACUACAGAACAGGAUCCACUGGACCUUACGGAGGACAACAUUUAGCUCAAAAGGACACGAUUUUGGUGACUGCACAGUAUCGUUUAGGAUCACUCGGUUACCUCAGCACAGGUCAAAGGGACGCAGGAGGGAAUCUCGGACUUUUCGAUUUACAUACAGCUAUGGUUUGGAUUCAAGAUUACAUUCAGUUUUUUGGAGGCGAUCCCAAAAGAGUGGUUGUAAUGGGCCAAGGUUCAGGUGGCAGCGCAGCGUCACUCAUGGCUAUGUCUCCUGAAGGCCGCAGCGCGUCUGGCGUGGCCGCGCUGUCUGGCACCCCACUGUCACCGGGUGCCGUCAGGCCCGACCCUGCGAAACAUGCUGAAGCUCUUGCUGAGCGAACAGGGUGCCCUAAGGCCCCGGCUGAGAGCCUCCUCAUAUGCCUAAGAAAACUUCCUGUCGAAGAACUAGUACAAGCAGACGAAGAUCUCAAUAUGGAUAUGGUUGAUACUCAAAGAUUUUUGGAAGAGAUCUCCGGCCGCUCAGGGGCUGGUGCUAGAGUGGAAGGUAAGGAUGAUCUGCGUGGUCUUCCACCCCUCGUGGCCGAAGCUCCGGCGGAGUCACUGAAUAAGGAGCAGAAACGAGUACCGUUCCUCACUGGGGUCACCAAAGCUGAGACUUCCAGAGCAGUUUUUGGGAAAUUCAACAAGUUCCUGACGAACCAAUUACAGACAGUCACGGAUUUCUUGAAGAAAGACGUCAUCGGUGGUCUUCAGAACGUGGUGUCAGGCGUAGAGGGCCUGAUCCCGCUGGCCUCCACCGUCACAGCCGCUCUGCCUGUGGCUGACUACUACCAGGGGCUUUUCGACCAAGCCGGUAACAUCGUUGACGGGCUCGCUGAGAUCGCGGAGGCUACAGGCGAUGCUUUAUUCAACUUCCCAGCUUACCAAAGCGUUGAAAAGUGGAGUUCAGGAGGAGAAGCCUACCUCUACAGUUUUGAACACAUCGGUAACCUCUCUAAAGGGUGGAAUUUCUUACCUGGAGUCGCUCUGGCUGAAAGAGCUGAUGACGAAACUACGCCCAAGCCUAAAAAAGCUCAGGGUCCAGCUCAUGGUGAUGAACUGGCUUAUAUAUUCGAGCUUCUAGGACCUGACGGGCAACCAAUGAGUGGAGAUAUAUCUAGCACUGACGCCCGAGUACGGGACAACUUUGUAGGGCUAAUAUCCAAGUUUGCACACGGCUUAGAUGAGGGCGCCAGAAAAAAAAACACUACCAGUCUUUUUGGUGCACUGCCAUUCUCUAAGGACACGAACCAGUUUUUAAAGAUUAGUGAAAAGCUCACCGUUGACAAAGAUUUCAGAUUUUGUCAAAUCGGUCUGUGGGGGAAUAUGGGAGAUCGACUUACAGGCGCACUAUGCAAGAAUCUUCUCGGCAACCUGUUGAAUUUGUCAAAAUUGCCCGGACAACUGCCCAAUCAACUGACGCAGCAGAUCCCGAAUCAACUGACCCAACAAUUGCCAACUCAAGGCAGUGUGCCCUUAGUACCAGGCUUGUUUGGGAAGCCAGCGACCAAAGCUCCUGCAAGGAAACCACAAAGAACGACUCAGGGGGCCUUUAAACUUCCAUUUGACUUUUGAUUUUCUUUGUGACGUGACGAAAAAUGUACCUCAUUGCUUAGUUAAGUACAGGGUUCUCAAAUGCAGUGUAAAAUUAAAAUAAUAUUUCAAGAUUUGGAGUUCUCGAUAAGUAUUGCCUGGCAGAAAUAACUUGACAAAUAAACAUCAUUUUUGUAAAUAAGGUUUUAUAAAAAAAAAAUGUGUUUUCUUAAAACCUAUAUGACUCUGAUUGAACUCAGACGUUAAAACGGUAUUUAGACGAUAAAUAUUACUUUCCCAAUACCUACGCAUGUUUUUAUUCUAAACAUAUAUAAGUGGAAAAAUAUUAUGAGGCUAAUUGCCUGUCUCGUACGAUAAGGUAAAGGUUGUUUAUUGUUUAAGUUUGCUAAAUAUAUGUAUAAAAUCAAUAUAAUACAAAUUUGAUAUCUCUAGUAUACCUACAUAAUAUCUUCUAUUCUACGUUAUAGUAUAGAAGAUAUUAAGCAAAAUGAAAACAGUCUUGUUUUUUGACUACUCUACUACCACUAUAAGUAGCUGCUCCUUUUAAUUUAUCCGAGACGUCUGUGUAAAAAUAAAUGUAUUAUAAGUUAAAGGCACAGCUGUUACUUAAAAACAACAUCCUAUAAAAAUGUUUUCGAGUCCGUUAUCUUGUCCAUGCGGGUGCCGUUAAUGACACAUUGAGAACCUAUAUUUACCUGGAACCUCCAAAAUCAUUUAGUCAUUGACCGGCAUCAACCACAAUGUGUCGCCUUUCUUUUAUCCUAUUGGUACUUGUAUUUGCCCAACAUUUGAUAGACAUUGAGGCUAAUGUGGUUCCAAAUAACGAUGGAGAUGAAGAAUUACAUGACAAAGUAGUUGAGAACAUUGACGUAUCUCCUGUUGUGCAACUCAAUUCGGUAUGGGAUGAGAGAAAAUGUGCUGAAAUUGGAGAACCGGUAAGGAUCAUAUCUAUUUUCAGGCCUAUUUAUUUAGAUUGAGUUCGAAGUUAUGAAACCGUAUUGUUUCUUUAUUUUUUCAGUGUAUUUACCAUUCAGACUGCUGCACGCGGGCUUGCUUGGGCUACGCAAAAAGAUGUGUCACCUGAAAAUCCAUAGAUGUCACCGAAAUUCAAUAGUGAUAGUAGUUGCCAAACUUAUUCAGUUUUAGCAACUAUAUGAAACCCUUAUGUGAAACCCUUUAACAUAAAUUAACUUACUAGUCUCUAAAUUAAAUCUAGAAACUACUCCUAUUCUCUUAAGCGUUUUGCAACCACAAUAAUUGGAAAUUCAUUGUAUUGACCGCCCCGUACCGAAUUUCCAAUUAAUGUGUUACAUAUAUUCUUAGGACAAUACGAAUAGUGUCAUUUAAUUCCUAUUUCCACUCAUUCGUCGGCCAUUGUAAAUAGCGGAAUUGGGACCCAGUAGCGCCUUAAUACAAAGUUGACCACGUUACCUUCAAUAUGACUUAGGUGCAGCGCAGACGGCACUUUUUGUGCGAUCGAGUCUGUAAUUAUAUAAUUGCAUAACUAGGUUCUAUUUUCACAGAUUAAAAAGUGCAUCACGGAUAGUCUGUUGUCUGCGCUGCACCUUAUGGUAAAAAUAUACGUUAGAUACAAGCGCGAAUGCUUUUUGAUGAAAUAAAACUUAUAUAAAUUCAUGAUUUGGUAAAUUUAAUCUAAUCAAACCUUAAAAAAGGUACAAUUUUUUUCCACGGUUUAGAAUCUCUGACACAGAAAUAAUGUAGAUACCUCCCACAAAAAUAACAGACACGUACGAAAAACGUAAACAAUGUUAACGAUGUCCCCGUUAUCGGGCGCCAUGCGGGUGCCGUUAACGCGAAUGUCAGGUGACCCUAUAUCUGUACCCGCCCCGAGCAUGCCGUUAGUGUAAGCUUGCAUCUGACCACAAUGCGUCGCUUCUGUUCAGUUGUUAUUUUCCAUGUGCUUUUGCAAUUCGCGAUAUGUAACUUUGUCACAAAGCGACUAACGAAGGACAUCGCGAUGCCAGGAGCCGAGCUGGGGGAGAACAUCGUUGUUGUUCCGCUCGAAAUUGCCAGUCAUGCACAACCAAAUGCUGCUACGAACGAAAAGUGCGCUAAAGUGGGCGAAUUCUGUGUCAAUCAUGAGGAUUGCUGUUCGAACGCAUGUUUGGGUUUCAUGAGAAGAUGCGUUUCUGGAAGAGAAGUUCUGGAAGACUUAUCAAUUCACCAGCUGAAUUAACAAUAGAUAUAAGUACUUAAAUUUUAAAAUGAUGUACUAUUUUAAAAGUAAUGUUCAUUGGUUCAGGAAAA